AAUGUUUCUUCGGAUAAGCAGCAGGUACAGCCUCAGAACACACAAGGAGUGCUUUCUGUGAAGAAUUUUGGCUACAUUAGUUCAGGAAUCUUUAUGAAGCAUUUAACAUUAAAGCAUGGCAGAAAAUAAAGAAAGGAAACCUAAAAAUGCAGACGUGAGACCCAAAACCAGCCGGAGCAGGAGUGCAGACAGAAAGGAUGGAUACGUAUGGAGUGGAAAGAAGCUUUCCUGGACAAAAAAGAAUGAGAACAGUUCUAAUGCUGAGAUGGCAAAUGCCUCAGGAAAACCUACAUUAAGUCUAAGGAAUCAGGAGAGAAAACAGAGCUGUUUCUCAACUGAGAUGGAAUUGGAGCAUGUAUGUGGUCACAGGUUCCUAGGCCGUUCUUUUAAACAGAAACUGCAGGAUGCGAUGGGACAAUGUUUCCCCAUAAAGAGUUGUAGCACUCGGCAUUCUUCAGGGCUUUCACCAAAGAGAAAAAUACAUAUCAGUGAGCUUAUGCUGGACAAAUGCCCUUUUCCACCACGAUCUGAGCUAGCAUUUCGAUGGCAUUUAAUCAAGCGGCACACUGCCCCUGUCAAACAAAUAUCUGAAAGCUGGCUAAGUGUGGGUUCAUCAAAAGGUGAAAGGAAAGAUGAAGAACUGAACGAGAUUGAGAGGGCAGGUGAACCAGACUCCGCUGUAUUGCAGGAAAAUAAUGCUAUUGAUAAUGCUUCCUAUCCAUGUGAUCCUCAAGAGGAAUCUGCCAUGGGUAAGCAGCUAAAGAUCAGCAGAGAGGAAAGUGACAUGGACUCUGAUGAUGAAGUAGUGACACUCUGCACUAGCUCCAGGAAGAGAAACAAACCACGGUGGGAAACAGAGGAUGACCUGCUGCAGCUGCAGAUGCCACUCAGAUAUCACACCCAGAUUGAUUAUGUUCAUUGUCUUGUUCCUGACCUCCUUCAGAUCAAUAAUAACCCAUGUUACUGGGGAGUGAUGGAUAAAUACGCUGCAGAAGCACUUUUAGAUGGAAAGCCAGAGGGGACUUUUUUAUUACGCGAUUCUGCCCAGGAGGAUUACUUGUUUUCCGUUAGUUUCAGGCGUUAUAGUCGUUCUCUUCAUGCCAGGAUUGAACAAUGGAAUCACAACUUCAGCUUUGAUGCUCACGAUCCAUGUGUCUUCCAUUCCCCUGACAUUACUGGACUUUUAGAACAUUAUAAAGAUCCAAGCUCUUGUAUGUUCUUUGAGCCACUUCUCUCGACUCCCUUACACAGAACUUUCCCUUUUUCCCUUCAACAUCUAUGCAGGACAGCUAUUUGUAACACUACAACUUACGAUGGCAUAAAUGCCCUUCCUGUUCCUCCAUCUGUAAAGCUGUAUUUGAAAGAAUAUCAUUAUAAAUCAAAAGUAAGAGUCCUCAGGAUUGAUGUACCAGAUCAACAUGCCUAGAAGGGCAUUCUGGAAGUUUUUUUAUAA